AUGCGUCGUACGAACAAGCAGUUCGUGCUCUUCCUGCUUGUUGUUUUCUUUGUGCUACUGCCGUUACUCUUGUGCUUCUUCUCCUUCACGUUUAAUCAUCUAGCACAUCAGAGGCACGUUAACUCCACUUUGUAUUCGAUUGUCUCUUUACCUACGUGUCUCAAUGUUGACAGCGCCGAAUUCCUACGUCCUCACGCGCUGCACAAGCUCAAAACGCAAUGUGGAAUGAAAAAUACGUCAAAAUUAAGUAAAAAACGCCAUAAAAUACGUCUGGUGCACUUUGUACACGUUGAAUUGAAUGCCGUACCAGGCUGGAAUGAAGAGCAGCAGCAAGAGAGCAGGGAAGAGUUUACGUACUUGCAAUUUACAGCCGUGCAGUCAAUCAGACGGAUCCUAGAACCAGACAUUAUGAUGAUGCAUUACUUGGAGAUUCCUCGGGGUAUCUGGUACACUCAGUGCCAGCGUCAUUUGGGUCUGCAUCAGGUUAUGCCACCCGUGUCUUUUAAUGCCAAGUCGUCGACACUAAGCCGACAAAAGAGACGACAGAUCAUGGAAAUCUUAAUUAUGCUGCGCGUGUUGAAAAAACACGGGGGUGUCGCGCUUUCAGACUUUAAUACGUUCCUGUUGAGAAAAGGCGGGGUAGACAUGGAAGAGGAAAUGGUGGUGGCUAGUCAGACAAGAAGCAGCAGUGGAACGUUUCGGAUUGGACUGCAUAUGAUGCAGUCACCUCCUGGACACCCGUUCGUAGAGUAUUUGGAACGCAAAAUUGUCGAACUGGUAGAGAAUAACGAUAUUAGAUUGCAUCAGAUGGAACUGGAUCAGGCGGUGGGACAAAUUGUGCUCGAGAAAUACCUGGAGGAACAACAAGCAGAAAUUAAUGCUAAAACAAUAGCUGGAAACCGCGUCAUAGAUGGCAUCAUAAUUGUCACGUCCAAUUUGUAUGAGCUUGAUGGACUGCACCACUUACUUACUGCAAAGGUGGGACCGUCGCUUGGUGGCAAAUUUCGAGAUGUAGCUGGAUUUCAUGUCGAUAAGUACGAUUCUGACAGGAAUACAGCAGACACGGACGAUAUCCGUGAGAUUGCACGGAUGCAAAAGGAUUUUACGUUGGCGGACGAGUGGAAGAGUUUGGAUACGCUUUUGGGUGCAGUCAUGCGGCUGAUGAUGACUGCCAAUACAAGUGCUGAGCUGGAACCAGUCUUCAAGUAA